UCCACUCUCUUGUCCUCUUCCUUCCUGUCUUCUCUCUCUCUUGGUGGCUCCUUCAUAUAGAAGUAGAAGCCCUUUUUGCUACUGUUCCCUUCGCAUUUCGUGUUACUUGAUCGUGGGUUCCCUGAAAAAUCCGAUCUUUCUUUCUUUAAUUUCCGAUUAUCUGAUCAUGGCGGUCGUUGAGAACGUCGGAGCUAAUACAGAGGUCGGUGCGAUCUCCCCGUCGCCGCCGUCUUCCGUCACCAGCCAAGGAUCAGGAGCCUCUUCCAACGAAGAUCAGGGUGAAAAUGGAGUCCACGGUGAGAUCAGAUCCCACGUGGAGGGAUCCGGCGGUGGAGAGAGCUUCAAGCGUGAGAUAAGAGAGCUCAAUGAGCUUUUAACUAAGCUUAACCCCAUGGCUAAAGAGUUUGUUCCUCCCUCAUUGACUAAGCAAGGAGCUAACGGUGGUUUCUUCACCGUCGCUGACUCUUUUCUUGGUGCAGCCGAAUAUUUUCCCGUCAACGAAGACGGCGGCUUUCGACGGAAGUGGUUCGGAGCACCACAAGGGAAACGGAGGAUUAAUCCUCGAACAAGUAUGGCUCAGCGUGAAGACGUCAUUCGAAGAACUGUCUAUGUGUCUGAUAUUGACCAACAGGUUACUGAGGAGCAGCUUGCUGGUUUGUUCAUCGGCUUUGGACAUGUUGUUGACUGUCGCAUUUGUGGUGACCCAAACUCAGUACUUAGGUUUGCUUUCAUCGAGUUCACUGAUGAAGUGGGUGCAAGAGCUGCGCUGAAUCUUUCGGGGACGAUACUGGGAUUCUAUCCUGUGAAGGUUAUGCCGUCCAAAACUGCUAUUGCACCUGUUAACCCGACAUUCUUGCCAAGGACUGAAGAUGAGCGUGAGAAGUGUGCGAGAACUAUCUACUGCACUAACAUCGACAAGAAGGUCACUCAAACGGACAUAAAACUCUUCUUUGAGGCUGUGUGUGGAGAGGUGUUACGUCUGAGGCUUCUGGGUGAUUAUCAUCAUCCAACUAGAAUCGGUUUCGUUGAGUUUGUCAUGGCUGAAAGUGCAAUAACUGCUCUCAAUUGCAGUGGCGUGCUUCUUGGUUCUUUACCGAUAAGGGUGAGUCCCUCAAAGACACCUGUUCGUUCCCGUGCUGUUCCUCGACAACAACAGUAGCAGCUACAAGUUUAUUAUACAUAUAUCUCUGCUCUCUACAGGCGUGUAAAGAUGUUUGUCUGAAACUCGUAAAGUCUUUUGUUUUCCCCUGUGUAAUGCUUGGAAGCUUUUCUGUCGUAGGGAGUUUUAAUUUCGAUUUGGUUUUUAACUUUUAGAGAAAAGAGAAGUUACACAGAGGGGAAGAGAGAAACACUGAGAGUGAGAGAUGGUUUUGAAGAUUGUCUCUGCUUAAUGGGAGUUUUUAAGUUAUAAAUCACUAGUUAUCGAAA